AUGUCCAUGGCAGGAAACCCCUGGGGCUGGUUCCUGGGCCACCUCCUCCUCAGUGUCACAGGAUCCCUCGCCUGGAGUGGAGGCAGCCACAUCAUAAACGGGGAGGACUGCCACCCGCACUCGCAGCCUUGGCAGGCGGCACUGUUCCUGGAAAAGGAAUUUUUCUGCGGGGGAGUCCUGGUGCAUCCUCAAUGGGUGCUGUCAGCCGCACACUGUUUCCAGAAUUCCUAUACCAUCAGGCUGGGCCUGCACAGUCUUGACGACCAUGAACCAGGCGGUCAGAUGAUGGAGGCUCACCUCUCCAUCCAGCACCCGGAGUACAACAGACCAUCUUUUGCCAACGACCUCAUGCUCAUCAAGUUGGAAGAAUUUGUGCCCCAGUCUGACACCAUCCAGAACAUCAGCAUUGCCUCACAGUGCCCGACCGCUGGGGAUUCUUGCCUCAUUUCCGGCUGGGGUCGGCUAGCAAAUGGCAGACUGCCCAAAGUGCUCCAAUGCGUGAAUAUCUCAGUGGUGUCAGAGGAGAUCUGCAGUGAGCUCUAUGCCCCUGUGCACCACCCCAGCAUGUUCUGCGCUGGCGGAGGCCAGGACCAAAAGGACUCCUGCCAUGGUGACUCUGGGGGCCCCCUGGUCUGCAACGGGUCCCUGCAGGGCCUUGUGUCCUUUGGACAAUCCCCGUGUGGCCAGCCCAACAUGCCAGGCGUCUACACCAACCUCUGCAAGUUCACAGACUGGAUACAGAAAACCAUCCAGGCCAGUUAA